ACCAAGGUCACAACUCCAACACAUUUCGUGAUGACUCUGUUGGAUUAAAACAUCGGAACAUAUAUCCCCGAGCCAGUGGUUUCUCCUAUCAACUCAAACAUCUAAGUGUUAUCUUGUAACGAUGAGUUACUUGGUGCGCGCAAAAGUGGUGCGAUGCCCAAUCUGGGCGAAGAUGAAUACCGAGUAGUGAUAGCUUUGAUCAAUACUUUUGUAGUAUAUUUUUACAUGUCAAUGCAGGCCAAAUACCUUCCUUCUUGCAGCAAAUGCUUAUCGCAUUCUCGAGGCUCGCAACAUCCUUUAUAGCUGUAGCAGCAACCCCACGAUGGCUUCUGAUUUAACCUCAGAUAUUUGCGACGAGAAGAUUUUCCAGCGAAAUCGACUACAAACAAGGUCUUAUUAUAUUCCACCUUCUUCUCUCCUGUUGAACGGCACAUGGGACUUUCAUUAUGCUCCAACACCGAAACACGCACCACUCCCGGCUCAAGCAAAAACACCAGCCCCAGAAUCGGAUGUUAAGGAAGGCUAUAUGAAAGCGCCACCAAUCUCAAAAAAACAAAUCCAGACUCUACCGGAGGAUGAAUUAGAAUGGGAAAUCAUAACAGUUCCGGGUCAUUGGCAACUUCAAGGGCAUGGACGACCUCAAUACACGAAUACAAUUUUUCCAUUCCCGGUUUGUCCUCCUCAUGUUCCAACAGAAAACCCCACAGGAACGUACCGCAGAUCCUUUCACGUUCCGAAAUCAUGGGAUGAAUAUUCACAAUUGCGAUUGAGAUUUGAUGGUGUAGAUAGCGCUUUUCAUGUCUGGGUCAAUGGCCAAUUUGUUGGAUAUUCUCAAGGAUCCAGAAAUGCGGCAGAAUUUGAUGUUUCGACAUUUCUGAAUCGAGCAAGCUCAAAUGAAGUUUGGGUUCGUGUAUAUCAGUGGUGCGAUGGAUCAUAUAUUGAGGAUCAAGAUCAAUGGUGGCUAUCGGGUAUGAUUUAACUCAUUGAGAAGGGGAUAAUCAAACAUAAACUUACAAAUUGUCGUGCCAGGUAUCUUCAGAGAUGUGAAUCUUUUAUCAUUUCCUACAAAUGGAAGGAUAGACGACUAUUUUGUUACACCCAAGCUAGAUGAGAAUUACAAUGAUGCAACUCUGGAAGUUGCUCUGGAUUUGUUUGCCUCCUCUCCUGGUGAUCUGGUUUUGAUGUUACGAGAUAUUUCCAACGGUAAUAAAGUCAUAUCAGCUUGCUCUGGAUCUUUUGAGUCUGGUGCCAGGAAACUGAGCUUGUUCGUAUCACAACCUAAGAAAUGGACUGCUGAAACACCGUUUCUAUACCAGCUUGAAAUUUCAGUCUAUAUGGACGACAAGAUUACCCAUACACUUCAGCAAAAUGUCGGCUUUCGUUCUAUCGAACUUAAAAAUGGUCUUAUAACAGUCAAUGGAAAAGCCAUUUUAUUCAAUGGUGUAAAUCACCACGAUCAUCAUCCAAAUUUCGGACGUGCAGUACCAUUAUCUUUUGUCAAACAAGAUCUACUGUUGAUGAAGCAGCACAAUAUCAAUGCUCUACGCUGCUCGCAUUACCCAUCUCACCCGGGAUUGUAUGAUUUGUGUGAUGAACUCGGUUUGUGGGUGAUUGAUGAAGCAGAUUUAGAGUGCCAUGGAUUCUAUGAUGCCGUAGCAUACCCGGCUGAUAUUCCAGAAUCAAUACCUUACGAAGAGCGCAAGAAGUUGAUCUUUCCACAAGCCGCUAAAUUUACCUCCGAUAACGAGACUUGGCGCGAUGCAUACAUUGACCGAAUAAGCCAACUUAUUCAUCGAGAUAAAAACCACCCGUCGAUCAUCAUAUGGUCUCUCGGAAAUGAGGCAUUUUACGGGCAAAACCAUAAGGCAAUGUACGAUUAUGCAAAGAAGAUUGAUCCGAGUCGAUUGGUCCAUUACGAAGGUGAUACUGAAGCGAAAUCGGCAGAUAUGUACUCCUACAUGUAUCCACCAAUCGACGUUCUAAAAAAGCACGCGAAGACUACUGGUGUAUCCAAUGGUUCUUUUGAUAAGCCUAUUGUGUUAUGUGAAUAUGGUCAUGCCAUGGGUAAUGGUCCUGGAGGCUUAGAAGGUUAUCAGACUGCGUUCCGGAAUUACCCAAGACUCCAGGGUGGAUGGAUUUGGGAAUGGGCGAACCAUGGACUAUGGAAAGAAGAACCGGGUAGAGAAGGCUUCUAUGCAUAUGGCGGUGAUUUUGGCGAUGUCCCGAACGACGAUACAUUUGUCAUGGAUGGCCUGUGCUAUAGUGACCAUACACCAACACCUGGCUUGACAGAACUUAAGAAAGUCAUUGCUCCAAUUCGUGCUUGGGUUAGUGGUAGUGAAAUCGCCAUUUACAAUGGUUAUGAUUUCAUAGGACUAGAUCAUGUCGUCGCUUCAUAUAAAAUUGAGACGUUUGGAAAUGGGUUCGUUAACAUCUAUUGCACCCUGAAAAUUCCAAUUCCUAAUUUUUGAAUGCAGCCCGAAAAUUUUGAAAUCAGGAAAUUUGGCAAUUCCAGAUACUCUCCCUGGAGAAAUGUCUUGCAUGAAAUUGCCCUCUAUUAUUGCUCAGCAAGGGGAGACUAGUGAGAAAUGGUUUACAGUCACAUUCCAGCAAAAAUUUCCCACAGCUUGGGCUGAUGCCGGCCAUGAGCUCGCGUGGAUGCAGCACCAACUCUCAGCUUCUGACAAAAGUUCCAUUCCCCGCGUUCUUUCCACAAACACAUCAUAUUUGGAUGUAGUUGCAUCUAGAACGAAGUACAGGAUUACAGGAUCAGAUUUCUUAUUUGUAUUUGAUGCAGCUCGUGGUAGUUUGUGCCAAUGGAAUUUGACACGUCCAGCGACCUUCAAAACAGGUCAAAUACCAAUAUCCUCAAUUGCACCAGGUUUCUGGCGAGCACCGACGGAUAAUGAUAUGCCAUUUGACUUUCCUUACUAUCAACGAUUCGGUUUAGAUGCGAUGACAUCCCAGCUUCGUUCAUUCAAUGUGGAGCCCUCUAAAGAAGAAGUUACUAUUACCGCUGUGACAUUCAUUUCGCCGCCAAUAUUGAAUUGGGGUUUCGAAGCUACUACUACAUAUCGAAUUUCAUCAACAGGUUCGCUUCAAGUUAAAGUGGACCUUAAACCAACUGGGUCAAUGCCAAAUCACUUACCUAGAGUUGGUUUGGACAUCAAACUCCAUGAUAACUUCGAUAAUGCUCGAUGGUUCGGUAUUGGACCAGGAGAGUCAUAUGUGGAUACAUGCUCUUCACAAAAGCUUGGUAUAUACUCUGCUGAUGUCGAUCAAUUGCACACUCCUUAUGAUGUUCCUCAAGAAAAUGGUAAUAGGAUUAGGACCCGAUGGGUAAAGAUGACCAAUUCUUCUGGAGUUGGAAUUAGAGCAAGUUCAUCUGGAAGCCCAAAAGCUUUCCAGUGGGCAGUUACAAGAUAUUCUCCUACUACAUUGCAGAAAGCAAGACAUCCACGAGAUUUGGUGAAAGACACAGAGGUUCUGUUGAGAUUAGAUGCUUCAGCUGCAGGAGUUGGAUCGGCAGCAUGUGGACCUGGAGUUGAGGAGAAGUUUCAAGUGAAAUGCGAGGAAAUAGGAUUUGAGUUCGUGUUUGAGAGGAUUGGGAUAUGAGCAGCGAUGGCAAAUAGAUGGACAACCAAUUGGAUCAUUAACCUUUUCAUUCCUUCGAUAGCCCGAUCUUAUAAAACUCCCUGCCUGCCUCACUCCACCGCCGGGUCCCCAUUCUUCACUGAUAAACAUACAAAGCCCGCUCAAAAGCAAUCCUUCUCCUUUCUUCCAAUGCCUCGCUAUCAUAUUUCAUAUAUUCCGGUGCUACUGCACUCAUCAUUUGUGAUAAAUUUGCGCUAGCGAUUCGGAGGGAAGCGGUGUCCUUUUUUACCAAGCCUGUUGAAAGAUGGGUGAUUAGAAUUUCUUUUGAGAUAGUGCUUAAGAGACUACACUCUGCUGGACCACAGUCGUCGAGGGUUUUUUGAUUCGCUUUAUAUAAGGAGAGGAAAGAUAGAGUAGUGACAGAGAGGAAAGGGUAGGAAUAAAACGUACCGGCAACCCACAACUUAUCAAAAACAGGUUUCGUAUCAACCAAUAAAGAAAGUUGACCCUCCGUCAUAUCAACUACUUUUGUCAUUGCUUCAAGAAGGCUUUGUGCCUCAGGGCCACUUGGAGUAAAUCCUUGCUGUAGAUUUGUUAACAUUUUGUUUGAACAUCGCUUCUUCAUAACGGGUGAACAGUC